UUCCCACUGAUUAGUCUUCUUAGAGAGAAGCAAAACACAGCCAAAACUCUCAUUUUCGUCUUGAGAGACUGCUUGAGCUUCCAUCCUCAAGCAUCAAUGGAGCCUCUGCACUCCUGUCUGCUAACUCUCUUCCUCAUUGUCUUCCUCGCGAGCCUUUCAGUUUCCGAGGUAGCUGCCGGUUUUCUGAAUUUCCCCCCAUCGGGCCCUUUCGUUCCUCCUGAUUGUUACCUCAUCGACUGUGGCUCCUCUCACCCCACCAUUCUUCAGGAUGGAAGAAGGUUCCAGUCCGAUCAUGACUCUUCCUCCCUCUUAUCGACUGGGAAGGAUGUCUUUGCCUCGGUCGACUCUGUACAUGUUGGGAACUCUUCUCCUUACUUAUCGUCUUUACCUUUAUUCCAAACCGCAAGAAUUUUUACCGAUGAGUCGGUUUACUCGUUUGGUAUUUCCUCCCCGGGCUUUCACUGGGUUCGUCUCUACUUUUACCCGGUCCCUCAUCCGUCUUACAAUCUAAGCAAUGCCAUUUUUACGGUUUCCGCCAAUGGAGUCGUGCUCUUCUGUGGAUUCAUGCCCAAGAAAGAGCUACCUCAAGUUAUGGUGAAAGAAUACCUCAUUAACACCACCUCCUCUUCUUCUUCAUCCAAUAAACUUACCCUCAAAUUCACGCCUGCCAAGAAUUCCUUCUCCUUUGUGAAUGCGAUUGAGAUCGUUUCCAUGCCCGAAUCUCUCAUCUCCGACACGGCAUCUUCCAUUCGUCCACUUGGUGAUUUCUCGGGAUUGUCCUGGUAUGCAUUCGAAGUGGUGUACCGACUAAAUAUCGGGGGAACCACUAUUAGUCCCUCAGAUGACACGCUCUUUAGGCUAUGGCAACCCGAUAACCCGUUCAUGACUUUCCCAGAAGGAGCUCGGAACCUCUCGUUCCCUCCUGGAGAGAUCAACUACCCUGGCCAAGGAGCAAAUCCUCAUAUCGCUCCCAAUGGGGUCUACGCCUCAGCAAUCACGAUGGCUGAUUCACAAGUGAACCAGCAGAAGUUCAACCUCACAUGGGAGAUGAAUGUCAAUUCGGGUUUCUCAUACUUGAUAAGGUUGCAUUUCUGCGAUAUAGUGAGCAAGAGCCUCAAUGAGCUUUACUUCGAUGUGUAUAUUAAUGGGAAGAUAGGAGUCUCGGGCCUCGACCUCUCAUCCCUCACAGGAAGGCUUGCAACGGCUUAUUACCGAGACUUUGUGGUGGAUUCUUCGGCUUUAAUUAACAGCUCGAUCAUGGUUCAAGUUGGUCCAUCCUCUAGUAUUGACUCGAGCUUAGGGAAUGCCAUUCUUAAUGGACUAGAAAUCCUCAAGAUGAGCAACUCCGUCAGAAGCCUGGACAGCUCUUCGAGAUUCGACCCUAUUCCAGGUCCCGGAACCAUCAAGAUGAAGAUUUUUGGGACUGUUUUACUCGUGAUGGCGAUAAUUGCGAUGGUCUUCCUGGCCAUGGCUCUUGUUCGGAUCCGGAAGAAGCGGGACUCGGACUGGAAGUAUGGGAAGAGCUUCUCAUCAUGGCUACCUCUAAAUACCAGCAAGGCGAGCCUGUCAUCCAGUCGAAGCAGUUACCGGUCGACCUUUCUCGCAUCAAGCAAGAGCAAGAGUGGUUACUCAAGCUUCUUUGCGAGUGCGGGCUUUGGGCGUUUGUUCACGUUCAAGGAACUACAGGAGGCAACACAAAACUUUGAUGAGAAGGCCAUGAUCGGAGUAGGUGGGUUUGGGAAGGUCUACCUCGGGACAUUGGAAGACGGGUCGAAGGUUGCGAUCAAACGUGGGAACCCAAAGUCCCAGCAGGGGAUCAACGAGUUCCAGACAGAGAUACAGAUGCUCUCCAGGGUCAGGCACCGGCACCUCGUCUCGCUCAUCGGGUACUGUGAUGAUAACUCGGAGAUGAUCCUUGUCUACGAGUACAUGUCCAAUGGACCCCUCCGAGACCACCUCUAUGGCUCAAACCGUCCUCUGCUGUCAUGGAAGCAGAGGUUGGAGAUAUGCAUCGGUGCUGCCAGGGGAUUGCAUUACCUUCACACCGGUGCUGCCCAUGGAAUCAUUCAUCGCGAUGUUAAGACCACCAACGUCCUCCUUGAUGAGAACUUGGUGGCCAAGGUUUCCGACUUCGGGCUGUCAAAGGCAGCCCCGGAGAUGGAGCAGACCCAUGUUAGCACUGCCGUGAAGGGGAGCUUCGGGUACCUCGACCCUGAGUACUUCAGGAGGCAACAGCUCUCAGACAAGUCUGAUGUUUACUCCUUUGGGGUUGUUCUGUUUGAGGUCAUCUGUGCGAGGCCCGCAAUAGACCCUGCGUUGCCAAGGGAGCAGGUCAGCCUGGCCGAGUGGGCCAUGAAGUGGCAGAGGAAAGAAAUGCUAGAGAAGAUCAUCGAUCCACAUCUUGCUGGGAAAUUUUGCCCCGAAUCACUACGGAAGUACGCCGAAGCAGCUGAGAAAUGCUUGGCGGAGUACGGGGUUGAUCGACCCGCCAUGAGCGAUGUUCUCUGGAAGCUCGAGUCGGCUCUUCAGCUCCAGGAAGCAGCAUCCCGAGUCAAUCCUUCUGAGGGGGAACUUCAAGUGUGACCUUGGCGUUUUGCUUCUGAAGUUCAAAGUUCAUUCUUUCUGCAUCACCAUCUGAUUAACUUCCCACUGCAAGUUGUUUUGCUUUUCUCCUUAAGAUUCAGAAAGCUAGUUGUUUCAUUCUUUUCAUUUAGUCGGGAUCAGUUCCCGGUCUUUGGACCAUCAGAAAAAAUAAAAAUAAAAAUCUAAUGUAUCUGAUUAUUGGCAUUUGUUUUGAUUAAU